AUGCGAUCUCUAAACAAUUAUGCAUCCGAUCCUUACAUUCGAUCAUAUUCAUUAAGCCUAAUAUUUUUGAUCGUUACAACGGUUAAUGGAUUUACCUAUCUUUCUUUCCCUUUUAAUAUUAUUAAUUGUCUACCUAAAAUCAAUUUUAUUGAAGUUACAGCUUAUUCUGAGACUUCUAAAGAAAUAUUUUUCUACAACUUUGGGGAAUGUGUUGGAAAUCUGACUCGAAGAAAUCAUCCAACAAGUGAUCCUCUAGGUUGUUAUAUUUUUAAUAAUGCCCUCAAUAAGGAUACUUUAAAUGGUCUUAGUAAUUUAGACUUUGCUGAUCCUUACAAGGAUCGUGACCAAAAUUUAAUGGAUCCAGCUUUGUGUAUAAUAUAUUGUGCGGACUACCUUUUUAAAUAUGCUGCUCGUCGGAGAGGAAAAGAAUGUCGAUGUGGAAAUGAGAAUGGUCUUGAUGGGUACAUUCUAACAAGCACAACAUAUUGUAAUAUGACUUGUGUUGGUAAUUCAAGUUACAUGCGUGGUGGUGAAAAUACAUAUGCGAUUUAUGAAGUAGGAUAUAUCAAAGAUAGUCCCUAUUGUAAUCAAAGAAGUUUAAAUGGAUAUUCAAUAGAACGUUCUGGUAUGACAGUUGAAAUGUGCAUAGGUUACUGUAAACAAAAAAAUUUUGAGAUCGUAGGAUUGGAAAUAGGCUCACAGUGUUUUUGCGAUCAUGAUUUUAAUAGUUAUACCAAUCUAG